CAGCUACAGACUGACGAAGGGCAACACGGCAGUGCGGCUGGAUCAAAAGAGACGUCGGAGACGCUUUGCUGAACAAAAAGUUGCUUUAUUACAAGACUGAGGCCCACAACAACAAGAGCAUCCAUCCCAGCAUCUCCUCUAAAGGCGCUUCCACUUUCAUCUCCCACCAGUCUCCCCUUCCCGACCCCCCCGAUGCCUAAAAACAGCAAAGUGACGCAGCGGCAGCAAAGCAAUGAGCACGUCACAGAGUCGGUGGCUGACCUGCUGGCCUACGAGGAGCCCCUCGAUUACAAGAGCAGCUCGCUGAAGGUCGGUGGCGCUGCCAGCGGGGCGGCGUCCAGCGGAAAGAAAGCACCCCAGAUCGAGGCGCCGGAAAAUGAUGGCCGGCCGGCGUGGAACAGCAAGCUGCAGUACAUCCUGGCACAGGUGGGCUUCUCAGUGGGCCUGGGGAACGUGUGGCGCUUCCCCUACCUGUGCCAAAAGAAUGGAGGAGGAGCUUAUCUGGUCCCCUACUUCAUCCUCCUCCUUAUCAUCGGCAUCCCGCUCUUCUUCCUGGAGCUGGCAGUGGGUCAGAAGAUCCGACGAGGGAGCAUCGGGGUGUGGAACUACGUCUGUCCACGCCUCGGCGGGAUUGGGAUGUCGAGUCUGAUGGUGUGUGGCUUUGUGGGUCUCUACUACAACGUGAUUAUAGGCUGGAGUAUCUUCUACUUCUUCCAGUCUUUCCAGUAUCCUCUGCCAUGGAGCGACUGUCCCAUCAGAAAGAAUGGGACUCUUGCUAUCGUGGAGCCUGAGUGUGAGAAGAGUUCAGCCACGACUUACUUCUGGUACCGCCAGACGCUGAACACGACCAGCACCAUCGCAGAGAGCGGAGGCCUCAAUGUUCAAAUGACGUUAUCUUUGCUGGCGGCGUGGAUUAUCGUGUGUUUGGCCGUCAUUAGAGGCAUCGCAUCUUCUGGGAAGGUGAUGUACUUCAGCUCUCUUUUCCCCUACGUGGUGCUCUUCUGCUUCCUGGUCAGAGGUUUGAUGCUGAAGGGGUCUGUGGAUGGAAUCUAUCACAUGUUCACUCCAAAGCUGGAGAAGAUGCUCGAGCCCCAGGUGUGGAGAGAGGCGGCCACCCAGGUUUUCUUUGCUCUGGGCCUGGGCUUUGGCGGGGUCAUAGCUUUCUCCAGCUACAACAAGAUAGACAACAACUGUCACUUUGACGCGGUGCUCGUCUCCUUCAUCAACUUCGUCACGUCCAUCCUGGCCACAUUGGUGGUGUUCGCCGUGCUGGGCUUCAAGGCCAACAUCAUGAACGAGAAGUGUGUCACAGACAAUGCUGAGAAGAUCCUCGGAUACCUGAACUCAAAUGUGCUGAGUCAUGAUCUGAUCCCGCCUCAUGUGAACUUCUCUCACCUCACCACCUCUGACUAUGCCGAGAUGUACCAGGUCAUCAAAACUGUGAAAGAGGACGGCUUCCCACAGCUGGGUCUGGAUCCUUGCAUCCUGGAGGACGAGCUCAACAAGGCUGUGCAAGGCACCGGCCUGGCUUUCAUUGCCUUCACAGAGGCCAUGACGCAUUUCCCGGCGUCGCCGUUCUGGUCCGUCAUGUUCUUCUUCAUGCUCAUCAACCUGGGCCUGGGCAGCAUGAUCGGCACCAUGACCGGCAUCACCACGCCCAUCCUGGACACCUACAAGGUCCAGAAGGAGCUUUUCACAGUGUGUUGCUGCAUCGUGGCCUUCCUGUGCGGCCUGCUGUUCGUCCAGCGCUCAGGGAAUUACUUUGUCACCAUGUUCGACGAUUAUUCUGCCGGACUGCCCCUCACGGUGGUGGUCAUCCUAGAAAAUGUGUCGGUGGCUUGGAUUUAUGGCACUAAAAGAUUCAUGCAGGACUUAGAGGAUAUGUUGGGUUUCCGGCCCAACAUGAUCUACUUCUACCUGUGGAAGUUUGUCUCCCCCAUCUGCCUCAUUGUGCUCAUCACGACCACUGUCAUAGAGAUGGUCAUCAGCCCACCUGGCUACAACGCCUGGGUGGAAGAUCUGGCCCAGGAGCGCUUUGAGAGCUACCCCCUGUGGGCGUUGGUCAUGUGCUUCGCCCUCAUCGUCGUGGCCAUGCUUCCUCUCCCCGUCGUCUUCAUCGCCCGCCACUUCAACCUGAUGUCGGACGGCUCCAACAAGCUGUCCGUCUCCUAUCGUAAGAGCAUGAUGAAAGACAUCUCCAACCUGAAGGAAGAGAACGAGGCCAGGUUCAUCCUGGGCGCCAAACCCGGCGACACCCCAGCGUCAGUGCCGGCACGCAAAGCCUACUUGGCUCCUGGAGGAGGAAAAGUCCUGGACCCCAACUCCUUGUCUCCCAACAGCUGCUAUGGGACAGGUUACCAGAAUGCUGCCAUCAGCCCCACCACGCCGACCACUCCUACCACGCCUGAGUCGGACUUUUGAUUGCGUCCAAACACGUCUCAUAUUUCUAACACCAAGCCUCCACUUGCGGUCAUUGCCCACCAUCUAAUAGCAUUAAUGUAGCAGUCCAAUUGACAUCCAUAUUGCAGCACAUGUAAGGUCAACUAUAGAUAGACUGAUGGAACUUUGUUGUCAUUGCACAAGUACAACGAAAUGUUGUUUUCAGCACAAACCCGUUCAAGAUUAGACAAACAGUGGUUACAGAACAAGGAUACUGAUGGGUCGCCACAAGGCGCCCCCGUAAAAGAUGGGAAAAAGGUAGACCCUGGGGGAGGAUGAGUAAAAAAAAUACAAUCUCAGACUAUGCAGUGUGUACUGUACAUACAUGAUAGCACCAAGCACUGCACAUAAAAUGAUUAAUAUUUACAGAGUAUCAUAAACUUACGCCAAAAGCUGCUUUAAAGACACAUUCACUUACUUUCUUCAUAUAGUGGCCAGGUAGGCAACUGGGGUUUUAUUUAAUCUACUGCAAUGUUUUGUCACUAUAAUAACUCACAUACAGACAUGGAAAAUAUACAUUAUUAUACUUAAUCUGAUGUAAAUUAUAAUACAGUAAAAAUGCACCAUUUACUACAUUAAUUACAAAACCCAAAACCAGUGAAGUUGGCACGUUGUGUAAAUCGUAAAUAAAAACAAAAUACAAUGAUUUGCAAAACCUUUUCAACUUAUAUUCAAUUGAAUAGACUGCAAAGGCAAGAUAUUUAAUGUUCGAACUGAGAAACUUUGUUAUUCUUUGCAAAUAUUAGCUCAUUUGGAAUUUGAUGCCUGCAACAUGUUUCAAAAAAGCUGGCACAAGUGGCAAAAAAGACUGAGAACGUUAAGGAAUGCCCAUCAAACACUUAUUUGGAACAUCCCACAGGUGAACAGGCUAAUUGGGAACAGGUGUGUGCCAUGAUUGGGUAUAAAAGCAGCUUCCAUGAACUGCUCAGUCAUUCCCAAACAAGGAUGGGGCGAGGGUCACCACUUUGUGAACAAAUGCGUGAGCAAAUUGUCAGUUUAAGAACAACAUUUGGUUUUGGGUUUUGUAGAAGCAGGUGAUAAUCGAAGUGAGGCUAUUGGUAAAUAUUUGUUUGUUUAUUUUGGGGUGCAUGAGAAAGUGGAAAGGAAGACAUGUGGUCAUUAAUUGACAAAUGUAUCGCACAACACAGCAGCAACAGAACCAAUUUUCACUUUUGAAAGCGGUUGGUGGUUGAAGAGGUUGCCUACAGCCACAGGUGUUAGUACCAAUAUUUUUUGGCCGUAUACAAAUUUGAGACCUUUGUAGUUAUUUGCUUUUGCAAUAAGAGGAGACUGUAUGGUUAAUAAAAUAGAGGCGCUUAUUGAAGCGUUUAUGGGAUAAUUAUUAGAAUAAAUUGAGGUGUUGACAGAUAUUAGAUAAUUAGCCGUUUGGUGCAUUUAUGUGAGGUGUUUAUUUAUAUGGUUAUCUGGGGCAGAGCGCCUACGAUAGCACAGGCCACUAUUUGAGGAAAUACACUGUUAUGCAUAAAUUGUUAUACAGCAAUAUAAUAACAAUGUGCUGAUAAUGUAUGACUUCAUCAUCCGGCAUACACUUUGUCAUCGCAGGAGGUCGUUUUUCUACACCAAAGAAUAAGAAGCACACGCCUAAACACUUAAAAUCUUAAUUUUCUUAUACAAAAGUAGUAGAAAGUCACGUUUAAGUGCAAAAGCACAAAAUAAUUGACAUUAAACUGUGCACGACAAUGCACUCAUUGUGCAUAUGGAAGCAUAAGUGAUGCUUAAUAUCAAGUAAAAUAAUGCAAGCAUAAAAGGUGCGCUGUACUAAAGGAUUGUGCAACCUUAGCAACAUAACACCAACAGUAUUUAAUAUUACGGUAUAAACAUGCGUUACAUUGCACAAACACAUUUAAGCACCACAUUCACUUGUAUUGAUUGUAAUGAAAGCUGUGGAUUGUAAACAAGGACUUUUAUGUUACGAGGCGGAAAACCACUUUACAUAUUAGAUUUUUUUUAAUUAUUAAGUUAUUAAAAUGACAAUAUGUGUGCAAUAUAUAUACGCACACAUAUAUAUACACAUUGUGUAUAUACAUGAAAAAAUAUAUACACAAACACAUACACACACAUAUAUGUAUACAUAUAUAUACAUAUACAUAUACGUAUAUAUGUGUGUAUAUAUAUAUAUACACUACCGUUCAAAAGUUUGGGGUCACAUUGAAAUGUCCUUAUUUUUUAAGGAAAAGCACUGUACUUUUCAAUGAAGAUAACUUUAAACUAGUCUUAACUUUAAAGAAAUACACUCUAUACAUUGCUAAUGUGGUAAAUGACUAUUCUAGCUGCAAAUGUCUGGUUUUUGGUGCAAUAUCUACAUAGGUGUAUAGAGGCCCAUUUCCAGCAACUCUCACUCCAGUGUUCUAAUGGUACAAUGUGUUUGCUUAUUGGCUCAGAAGGCUAAUUGAUGAUUAGAAAACCCUUGUGCAAUCAUGUUCACACAUCUGAAAACAGUUUAGUUCGUUACAGAAGCUACAAAACUGACCUUCCUUUGAGCAGAUUGAGUUUCUGGAGCAUCACAUUUGUGGGGUCAAUUAAACACUCAAAAUGGCCAGAAAAAGAGAACUUUCAUCUGAAACUCGACAGUCUAUUCUUGUUCUUAGAAAUGAAGGCUAUUCCAUAAAAUUGUUUGGGUGACCCCAAACUUUUGAACGGUAGUGUAUAUAUAUAUAUAUAUAUACAUAUAUAUAUAUACACAUAUAUGUAUAUAUAUAUACAUAUACAUAUAUAUAUAUACAUAUAUAUAUAUACAUAUACAUAUAUA